AUGAUCGAUUCGUCAGCAGAUAUACCUUCGAUACUGAAACUUCAGUAUCUGUUGUCAUCAUUGAAGAGUGAGGCGGCGCUGCUGUUCGAGCAUACCACAUUGACCGCGGACAACUAUGCGACCACCUGGGCCGCGCUGCUGAAACGGUAUGAUAACCCGCGCAUGUUAGUCCGUGAUUAUUAUCGAACAUUGCAUCACCUUCCCGCGAUGCAUGAAGGAUCUGUGGAUGAAUUGGCGCAGCUUGUGGACGAGUUCACGCGGCACGUGAACGGUUUAAGAAAGCUGAAGGAACCGGUUGACAACUGGGACACUCCCCUCACCACAUUGCUGUUCUUCAAAUUGGAUUCAUCAACCAUCCUAGCUUGGGAAAAGCAUUCAUCGGCCAGCCCCAAGGAUAAGUAUUCAGAUCUAAUCGAUUUCCUGCAGGAUAGAAUCCGAAUCCUUCGUUCGUCCCAAACGUUAGCGAAGAUAUCUGAAUCGAAACAAACGCCGGUGGUACGGUCGUGCAAUUCCGUCUUCCGUUGCAACAAGUGCAACGCACGUCAUCACAGCAUGUUGCACGACGAUUCACCGCCACAGGUAACCAUGAACGUAGGUUCGAGCAAUGAAAUUGUGGUUCUCGAAACGGUGGUUCUCUGGUUAGUCGAUGACCAUGGCAUUCGGCAUGAAGCACGAGCGUUGUUGGAUUCAGGAUCCAUGUGCAAUAUCGUGUCCGAAUCCCUAGCGCGGAAGCUGCUGACACGUCGUACAAAGAUCAACGUUGCAUUGACAGGUAUCGGUGAGGGUGUUCAGCAAGCCAAGGGUUCGAUCAUCGCAACGGUGCAGUCAAAGUCAGCGCCAUUUUCGUCGCCACUUGAGUUCCUGAUAGUGAACUCCCCUUGUGCUGAGAUACCGACUGCCCCAAUCGAUGUUGCUGGUUGGAAAUUCCCUGACGUUCCGUUGGCUGAUCCUGCCUUUAACCUUCCUUCAAGAGUUGAUGUGAUCAUUGGGAGUGACGCAUAUUGGGAAUGGCAUACCGGAAAGAAGCAGUUACUGGUCAAAGGCGGUCCUUGGAGCCAUGAGUCUCUCGAUACAUUGCUGCAACGGUUUUGGGAGAACGAGACCAAUCUAGAGGGACCCGCUCUCUCGCUUGAGGAAGAUGCUUGUGAGAAGCAUUAUGCUGCCACUACAACGCGUGAUCACCAUGGUCGUUACAUCGUUUGUCUGCCUCGUAAUCCCAGAGCAGAUAUAGUAUUGGGUUCAUCAAAGGAGAUUGCGGAUCGACGACUGAUGGCUGUGGAGCGGCGAUUGAAGAUCAACCCUGAAAUGGAGAUGGAAUAUAAGCGUUUCAUGCAAGAGUACGAGGAACUUGGUCACAUGCGAAAACUUACCGAACCAGUGGAUGAUAGUGUUCCGCAUUGUUAUAUUCCUCACCAUGCGGUGGUGAAGGAAUCGAGUACAUCCACAAAAGUACGGGUCGUGUUUGACGCGUCCUGUAAAACGAGCUCGGGAUACUCCUUAAACGAUACGUUACUAGUUGGCCCAAUUGUCCAGAAAGAUCUACUAACGAUUAUAUUGCGAUUCAGGUCCUACGCAAUCGCAUUAGUGGCCGAUGUGGAAAAAAUGUACCGGCAAAUUCUCCACAACAUCAUCGAUCGGAAUCUGCUACGUAUCAGGUACCGAAAGAGCCCCCUGGAUCCGAUAUCGACCUACGAGCUGAAUACCGUUACUUACGGCACGGCGUCAGCUCCAUUCCUCGCCACUAGAACGCUCCAGCAGGUUGCGCAUGACCACAAAGAUCAAUUCCCGAAGGCAGUUGAUCCCGUGUUACGUGUUUUUUACGUCGACGAUCUACUAACAGGAGCGACUGACCUUAACGAAGCAGUAGAAGUGCGAAAGCAAAUCACCGCAAUGCUCGAUUCAGCUGGUUUCGCAUUGAAAAAGUGGGCAUCUAACGUUCCAGAAUCGCUUCUAGAUGUCCCACGUGAAGAUCUUGCGAUUCAAUCAAUGCACGAGUGGAAGGAUGAAUCGACGGACAACAUUGUGACGGUGCAAUUGUUAGCAGCGAAGUCGAAAGUGGUUUCAUUGGCGAAUACGCACUCGAUCGCCAGGUUGGAAUUGUGCGCCGCACGAUUAGCAACCCAACUGUUCCAGAAGGUGAGUCGAACGUUACCGGCAUCUACGAUGGCCUUUUGUUGGACCGAUUCAAUGACGGUAAUGUAUUGGCUGGAUUCUCCACCACGUCGAUGGAAACCAUUUGUCGCCAACCGAGUGGCGCAGAUACAGGAAGAAACGCGGAUAGCUGAGUGGCGUCACGUUCCUGGUUGUGAUAAUCCAGCAGACGACAUAUCACGGGGUCUGAAGCCGGAGGAGCUGCGUAAUUGUGAACGUUGGUGGCAUGGGCCUCGUUGGUUGGCUUACAGCCAUGAUGCAUGGCCAAAUCAUCCACCAGCAGUGAAGGAGAAUGACGGUGUCAUCGAAGAACGGGCGACGGCGUCACGGAUUGUCACAGUUUCUACGAGGUGUGAGUUCCGUGACAAACUGUUCGAGCGAUACUCAUCAUACUACAGGCUGAGACGAGUUGUAGCUUAUUGUUUACGCUUCAUGGAGUGCAUCAAGGGAGCCAACAAAUCAUCGAGAGUAAGCUGCAAGGAUGCGCUACACAUCGAGGAGAAGAGUGUUCCACCGCUUACAGCCACGGAACUACGUCGGGCCGAACUGAAGUUAUGCCACAACACUUCGUCAAAGAUUCUGGUUGAUUGGUGGGAGGAAUCUCGUUAA